ACUGCAUCAUUGAUAUGUCGGUAACUUCUUUUAGCAUUUAAUAAUUUUGAAUUUAAUCUCAAAGUUGAAAUAGUUCUGCUUGAAUAUUUGUAACCUUAACCUACUGGUUUGCAUCAGAGUAGUUAUCUUCAUUGGUUGAUCUGCUUACCUCCAGAUCCUAUCCAACGCCGCAGACAACACGGUCAUGGAGAUGGUCGAUCCAGACAUCACCGACACAUGCAAAGAUCUCGGCGAGGUCAAGAAGGUGUUCCAAUUGGCGCUCCUUUGCAGCAAGAGGCAACCGUCAGAUCGACCAACAAUGCAUGAGGUCGUGCGCGUCCUGGACAGCCUGAUCUGCCCAGGCCCGCUCCCAAGGACGGCACAGCCACCGGCGUCGCAGCAGUCGUCCACAGCUCCGAGCUACGUCAGUGAGUAUGACAGCCUACGAGGCAGCAGCGCGCUCUCCUGCUCCAAUUCAUCGAGUGCGUCUGAUGCAGAGCUCUUCCUGAAGUUUGGCGAGGUGAUAUCACAGAACACACAAUAGGCCGAUCAUCUGUCUGAUGGUUUCAUAGUUCAGGCUGCAGUUUGUAGCAUUUUGGUUACAGUUUGCAAAGGGUAUCCGGCGUCCUGAAGUAAGCCCAGGGGGCAGAGGCAUUGUGUUAACUCUAAGCCUGCAAAGACACCGUCUUCUGCUUUCUUGGGACUUCUCUGGCUAUUUUCCACUUUAAUUCCACUUCUUUUUUCUUGUGGGUUGGGACCUUGCGAAAGUUUACAAAAAUAGGGUGAUUUGUUGUGCAACUAAACGAAUGGAGUUCGGUGCACGCUGCUCUUACAGUCUUACUGAGUUGUUCUGCUGUUCGGCUGGGACAACUCUGCUCUCCUCAAUCAGAUUAUUGUUUAAGACUGAAGAAUCAUUCUGGGUAGUGUCGCUGUUAGAUUAUCCUGGGCUUCCUAUACCCUGAAUCUUGCCCUGUGAUUCCCUGGUGACUGCUGCAUCGCUGCUUGUAACAGCACUGGCAACUAACCUACCACUGCAUGGUUAGUUAUGUUACCAGUUACUGUAGCUGUAAAUUUCUCUUGCUUCCCGGGUUUCCUUUGAGGGUAAUUGGUCGCCCAUAUAAGCUGUUGCCUGCAUGGAUAUUAUUUAUAAGUUGGGCGAAGUUGUAUUUAUUGAAAAGAAGAAUAUUUUA